AUGUUCUGUAAGAUUCUUGCUUUCGGUGCUUUGUUGGCUGCGGCCAACGCUGGUCUAUAUGGUCACGCAGUUUCCUCUCAGAGCAUCGUUCGUCAUGACAGUGGCCACUAUGCUCCUUUAGUCUAUGCUCCGGUGGCAUAUGCUCCAGUGACCCAAUAUGGUCAUUAUGACGACGGACACUACGACUACCAUGCUCAUCCUAAAUACGACUUCGCAUACGCAGUGGCUGACCCUCAUACCGGAGACCAUAAAUCCCAACAUGAAAGUCGCGAUGGUGAUGUCGUACAUGGAUACUACUCCCUCGUACAGCCUGAUGGCUCUGUGCGCAAAGUUGACUACACUGCUGACGCUCACAAUGGAUUCAACGCCGUAGUGCACAACUCUGCUCCUUCUAUUCACCCUCAGCCUGCCUACCACCAUUAU